AGUGGCAGUACUUUCUGCUCGCUCGGCCCAAGGCCUGGCGCCCCCGGCCCUGCACGCCUCCUCCGGCGUCCCUUGGAACGCAACCCACGCCCUGGGCUCCUGCUCCGAAUGCUGAGAUGAAGCGUCACCUCUGUGUUUGGCUUUUUAGACAUCCAGUGCUUUAUGGUCACCAUCAGUGCCACAUCGAUCCCCUUUUUCAUCAGUUUACACAAAUACAUCUUGAUACAAGGCUAUGGGUUUUUAGACAAAACAGGAAUCACAUUCUCCAUCACCUGUUAAGUAAGAAUUGGUCCAGGAGAUAUUGUCAUCAAGACACCAGGAUGCUUUGGAAACAUAAAGCACUGCAGAAAUAUAUGGAGGACCUGAAUAAGGAGUACCAAACACUUGAUCAGUGUUUGCAGCAUAUCUCUGUCAAUCAAGGGGACCAAAGGUCCUUGAAUCAAAGACAUGCUGAGUUGGCACCACUUGCAGCCAUUUACAAAGAGAUUCUGGAGGCUGAACAAGCAAUUGAAGAAUUAGAAUCAAUGUGUAAAAGUCUAGAUAAACAAGAUGAAAAGCAGUUACAAGAACUUGCAUUGGAAGAGAGGCAAACCAUUGCUCAAAAAAUCAACAUGUUAUACAGUAAGCUUAUCCAGAGUCUAGUGCCAAAGGAGAAAUAUGACAAAAAUGAUGUUAUUUUAGAGGUGACAUCUGGAAGAACUACUGGAGGUGAUAUUUGCCAACAGUUUACCCGGGAAAUAUUUGACAUGUACCAGAAUUAUUCAGGGUAUAAACACUGGAAAUUUGAACUUCUGAAUUAUACACCUGCUGAUUAUGGUGGGCUACAUCAUGCAGCUGCCCGAAUUUCUGGUGACAAUGUCUAUAAGCAUUUGAAGUAUGAAGGUGGGAUUCACCGAGUUCAGCGAAUCCCUGAGGUGGGCCUGUCAUCAAGGAUGCAGCGUAUUCACACAGGAACAAUGUCAGUUAUUGUCCUCCCUCAACCAGAUGAGGUAGAUGUAAAAGUGGACCCCAAGGAUUUGCGAAUAGAUACAUUUCGGGCCAAAGGAGCAGGAGGACAGCAUGUUAAUACAACUGAUAGUGCUGUCAGACUUGUCCAUGUCCCCACAGGGCUUGUAGUGGAAUGCCAACAAGAACGAUCACAGAUAAAAAAUAAAGAAAUAGCUUUGCGUGUGUUGAGAGCUAGACUCUACCAGCAGAUUAUUGAAAAAGACAAGUGUCAACAACAAAGUGCUAGAAAACUGCAGGUGGGAACAAGAGCCCAGUCAGAAAGAAUUCGGACGUACAACUUCACCCAGGAUAGAGUCACUGACCACAGGAUAGCAUAUGAAGUUCGUGAUAUUAAGGUUUUUGUAAAGUACAGUCCAACUCUUCGAGUAGAAAACAAACAUGCAUCAUUGAAAAGAGAAAUAAAGUCUUCAGAAUUAUGUGAUUUUAGACAGGUCACUUGUUCUCUUUAUAUGCUUUUCUUUUUAAACCAGCUAUAAAUUUAAACACAUUUUUCAUCUUUUACCUCAGGACUUUAUAACAUGGGAAGAUUUAGUGAUGAAAGAUCUAUAAACUUAUCUGUAAACCCCUACUUAAAAACAAAGUGUUGUUAAUCCUGAUAUGAUUAGGAUUUAACCUGCUACUUUUUUUUUUUUUGUAAGAUUUUUAAAAUUUAUUUUGGAGAGGAGAAGGGAGGAAGAAAGAAAGGGAGAGAAACAUUAAUGUGUGGUUGUCUCUCACGCGCUCCCUACUAGGGACCUGGCCGGCAACCCAGGCAUGUGCCCUGAAUGGGAAUUGAAUCAGUGGCCUUUCGGUUCACAGGCCAGCACUCAAUCCACUGAGCCACAGCCAGGGCUUAACCUGCUACUUUUCAAUAAGAAAAUAAAGUUUUGAAAAAUAUGAGUCAACAAUCAUGAAUAUCCCUAGUAUACGGAUUGUAAAGAUUGUAAAGCUCUUUGAAAGCUGAAUGAAUUCUAUGCUGUGCAAAGUACAAGCCAAUAUUAAAGCAGAUUCUCUGUUUGGCUUCUGUUUCUUAUUGUUCUUUGGCUUAACCUAAUGAGUAUCAACAGAUGUGGUAUAAAUUGAGUAAUUUACUGCCGUGAGUUUUGUGCACUGAUAUAUAAAACCUAGUCCUUACCUCACAGAGAUUCCAGUUGAGUGAGGAAGCCAAAAUGUAAUCAUCAACUCUAAUAUAAAGUGGCAUGUUGUACAGUAGUCCCCAUUAUCCAAGGAGAAACAUAUUCCAAGACCCACAGUGAAUGCCUGAAACCAUGGAUAGUACCAAAUACCUAUACAGCAGGUCCUCAAAUAAUGUCAUUUUGGUAUAAUGUUGUUGGAGAGGAAAAAAAUUGAUUCCCGGCCAGGGCCACUGUCUAUGUGGAGUUUUCACAUUCUCCCCAUAUCUGUGUGGGUUUUCUCUGAGUACUUUGGUUUCCUCACACAUGCCAAAGAAUUGCAUGUGAGGUGAAUUGGGAUUUAAAUUGUCCCAGUCUGAAUGAGUGUGAGUGUGCCCUGUAAUGGGAAGGUGGCCUGUACAGAUGGGGUGGAUGUCCACCGUUUCCCCUGAGCUACUGGGAUAGGCUCUGGCCUCCUGUGACCCUGAACUGGAAUAAGCAGGCUAGAAAAUGGUGAUCUCAUUCGCUUUUAAUUAAUCUUUCUUAAAUGUAUGUAUAGUUCACAUUUAUUUCAAUGUUUAAUAUUAAAAGGACUUAAAAAUUUGGUGAUGUGUUUGUGACCAGAAAUACGCUGUAGAAACUUAACUCCUGAUUAUAUCAAUUAGCCUGUGGUAAAAUGAUUUUAUCAUAUGUUAUUUCAAUUUGAAGUUUUCAAGAACCUAUUGAUGUUAAGUGAGGAUUUACUGUAUAUACUGUUUUUUCCUAUACCUACAUAGCUAUGAUAAAAUUUAAUUUAUAAAUUAGGCACGGUAAGACAUUAACAACAAUAACUAAUAA